AGUAAGCAGUCGAGCCAAGCGAAGUCGCUGCUCAUACAAACCAAUUGAGCAAGAUGGCGUCGCCUUGCACGCAUGUACUUUCGCGGCACCAGAUGCUGUACAAGUCGAAAACGCCGCCCUGGAAAGAAACGUACCGCAACCAAUGCAGGGAGAGGCUUCGAAAAGGAAGGCAAGCCUUGUUCGACUCUUUUAGAAGUACUGGAGAAGCAUGUCACAGCGAGCAACAGCUCCGUUACUCAGUUACAGAGGUUGUUAGGGAGGAGUUGGACAAAUUCCAUUCUGCGUCUGCAGCUUCGUCUACAGCCUUCUUACCAAGGAGUGAAGAAAAUUCUGCUGUUGGAGUACCGUGGGAUGACGCUCAAUUGAACGAACAAUUAAUGGAAGAAACUCUUGCUGCGUUGCUGGAGGAGGAAUUGAACGUUUGGAAACAGUAUGAAAGCAUGCUUGCUUUGCAAAAUCAGGAAAUUGACGCUGCUGUGCACACGUGGAGCAGCGAAAUCGUGGUGUGCCCUGUCUGCCUCAGGAAUGAUUUGAACAAGAAAGAAGGGCGCAUUGUCUGCGCUUGUGGGCUGAUAAUUCCCACUGCACUGUCGCUGACAGAAUUCCGACUGUGUGUCGAGCGUGUUAUUGAGUCUCACUCGACACGUUGCCCGUCAUCUCUAACCUUUUCACUGAUCGAGGCAUAUGAACCUGCCUUGGUGUGCCUGUGUAACUACUGCGACUUUAUGAGCAGUGUCCUGUGAUUUUUCUGCUGUCGUGUUUGAACAAUUAUCAGUACAAGUGAUUUUCUUUUUUUGACUUCGCUUAUUACAAGCUGUAAAAGUGAAAAGUUACGUAAGCCAUGGUCAGUCGACAUGCGUUUUUCAUUGGUGUUCAAAAUUGUGGAAUUCAUUAAAGAGUUUGAAAUUCA